AUGAAUUCACCAAAUUGGAACCCAGUGGAAGCACAAUUUUGCUUUCCUUCAGUUAACAACUCAUGUCCUAGACAUGUGAGGCCCUUGCUGACUGCCUGCAUUAUGUAUGUGGUCAUGAUUGGUGCUAUUGUAAUGACUAUGCUGGGCAACAUGGUUGUGAUCAUUUCCAUUGCUCAUUUCAAGCAGCUCCACUCCCCAACCAACUUUCUGAUUCUCUCCAUGGCCACCACUGAUUUCCUGCUGAGCUGUGUGGUCAUGCCCUUCAGUAUGAUCAGGUCCAUUGAGUCCUGUUGGUACUUUGGAGAUCUCUUUUGUAAAGUGCAUAGUUGCUGUGACAUUAUGCUCUGCACCACCUCCAUUUUCCACCUCUGUUUCAUCUCAGUGGACCGUUACUACGCUGUUUGCGACCCUUUGCAUUAUGUCACCAAAAUUACCAUCCCUGUUAUAGAGGUUUUUCUGCUCAUCAGCUGGUCCAUUCCCAUUUUAUUUGCCUUUGGUCUGGUCUCAGAAUUAAAUCUCUUUGGUGCAGAAGAUUUUGUUUCUGCCAUUGACUGCACAGGUUUGUGUGUACUGAUCUUCAACAAGCUCUGGGGGGUGCUGGCCUCCUUUAUAGCUUUCUUUAUCCCUGGAACAGUCAUGGUGGGAAUUUAUAUACAUAUCUUCACAGUAGCCAGGAAGCAUGCUAAGCAAAUUGGCACAGGCCCUAGGACAAAAGGGGCUGGGUCAGAAAUCAACAAGAAGGCAUCAUCCAAAAAAGAAACAAAGGCCACCAAGACGUUAAGUAUUGUUAUGGGAGUAUUUGUGUUGUGCUGGCUGCCCUUUUUUGUGUUGACCAUCACUGAUCCUUAUAUUAAUUUUACAACUCCUGAAGAUGUGUACAAUGUCUUCCUGUGGUUGGGUUAUUUUAAUUCCACUUUCAAUCCCAUUAUAUAUGGCAUGUUUUAUCCUUGGUUUCGCAAGGCAUUAAAGAUGAUCAUCACAGGAAUGAUCUUCUGCCCUGACUCUUCCAACUUAAGCAUGUUUCCUGCACAUGCUUAG